AUGGAUCGAACGACGGAUGAAAAAUUAGUAGAGCUGCGUCGUAAAUUCCCUGGGUACGAUCCGGCAGGACUUUUGGACGUGUUAGUGAGCUGCAAUGGCUCUUUGAAACGGAGCAAAGCCUUGUUGGGCUCUGGAGAAGAAGAAACCGAGGUCUCUGUAAAACGUUUCAAACCGCAACAGACCCUGUCACGUUUCAUGAAAGCCCCACACAAUGCGACCGGCACUUUGCAUUCGUCAAAGCCCAUCACGCUUUACGCUAAGAGCGAAAUAGAAGCCUCCUUGAAAUAUUGCACGUACCACACUAACGUGCUUCCCGAGGAUCUUGCAGAGAAGCUGCUAAAACUGACCUUAAACGAUACGCACUACAAGGCGUCAGAAUUUUACCUCUUCGGCAAGAAAUGCACUUCUAACCACCAGUCUCGCAUUUUCAUGCCCACUAAACGGUCGGACGCUUUUUACUAUAAUGGAAGAAAGGUGACAGACUACGGGGUGUACAGCGACGAAAUGAUGCUUGCCCAAAUUCUUGUCGAGGACAUCGUCAAUGAUGCGCUCGCAAACAGAGCCAGGCUUCCUUUCCAAGUCAAGCCUGGCGAAUGGGAGGCUCAGGCCGCGCUGUCAAACAAAUACGAGAGAGAUAGUAACUUGGAUUGGCAUUCAGACCGCAUGACCAAUAUCGGCCCUCACCCGAUCAUCGCAUCUCUGUCACUGGGGUUUUCGCGUGAUUUCAGAGUCCGUAAGAUUUAUCCGUCGAAUUCUCAAAUAUAUUCCAUCAGGCCGCAACACAACUCGUUGGUAAUAAUGCACGCAGGGUUCCAAGAAGAGUACAAACACUGCGUUCCUCUUUUGCCAAAAAACUAUCGGAUUCCCACUGAGGAUCUUCAUCCGACGGCUGGCGCUAGGAGAAUAAACAUCACCUACCGAAACUAUCUCUUCAAGGAUACCAUCUUUUGUAAACUCUGCGGAUCUCCUAUGGACUUACGCAGAAUGUUCAAGGACCCAUCUAAAAGAGGACACUACUUCUACCAGUGCUCCAGAAGUUACACAGAGCACAACGGAUUUAAUGAGGGCAAAGAAUGCAAAGGGUUUUUUUACGCUGACUUUGAAAAACAACCUCCUUUGACUGAAGAUGAGGAUUGCGGUUCGUUUUGGCUGGCAGACGAUGACAUAGAGGCAAGAGCGCUGCAAAACUCAAAGCGUCAGUAA